AUCUGCAGUAACCGCAGACUUGGCCUGCCGAUUAAUUCCGUGUCAGUGCAGAGGAAAUCCGUUCCAAAAGAUCUCCAGGGUCCCCAGCUUGAACAAAUUAAAAAUAAAACCGGAACCGGGGCCAAGCAGAGAACCAGCACGUCGGAACGAUUCCCCGGCCGGAACCGGGGAAGGAGGAGGAGGCGGCGGCCUAGCGUUGCCAUGGUGAGGGCCCAGGGUUUGUGCGCGCGGGCCGUGUCCGGCUGGGCUCGUGGGGCGGCUCAGUGCAGUGCCAGGCUGGUGCUGGGCAUCGACACCAGCUGCGAUGACACCGGAGCAGCUGUGGUGGACGAAACGGGGAACAUCCUGGGAGAAGCCCUGCAUUCUCAGAAAGGAACUCAUCUCAAGGCAGGUGGUAUAAUUCCAACCGUUGCUCAAAAGCUACACAAAGAACACAUUGAAAAUGUGGUCCAAGAAGCAAUAGAUAAGAGUGGUGUUUCUCCUUGUGAAUUGACAGCAAUAGCAACUACCAUAAAACCAGGACUUGCAUUAAGCUUGAAAGUGGGCCUAGAGUACAGCUUAAAACUAAUAGAACAAUAUAAGAAACCUUUUAUCCCGAUUCAUCACAUGGAGGCGCAUGCACUAACUGUUAGAAUGCUGCACAUGGUGGAAUUUCCCUUCCUGGUCCUCCUGGUUUCUGGUGGACACAGUUUGCUGGCCGUUGCCCGUGGAGUUUCUGACUUCCUCCUUCUUGGACAAACUUUGGAUGAAGCACCAGGAGACACAUUAGACAAGGUUGCACGAAGAUUGUCCCUCAAAAAUCACCCAGCGUGUCAUACAAUGAGUGGAGGUGAAGCCAUUGAAUAUUUAGCUGAAAUGGGAAACAGGAUGCAGUUUGAAUUAACACAGCCUAUGAGCCAGCACCUGGACUGUGAUUUUUCCUUUGCUGGUCUCCGCAAUCAAGUCAAUCAAAUAAUUAUCAAAAAGGAAAGGGAAGAAGGUUUCCAAAUGGGUCAGAUAUUGCCCUGUGUAAAUGACAUUGCUGCUGCUGUGCAACAUACAGUGACAGCUCACCUAGCAAAACGCACACAUCGAGCUAUUCUCUUCUGUAAGAAGGAAGGUCUGUUGCCUCAAUCAAAUCCAGCCUUGGUAGUUUCAGGGGGGGUGGCCAGUAAUGAAUACGUCAGAAAAGUACUUUCGAUAGUAACUGAAGCAAAUGGACUCUCACUGCAUUGCCCUCCUCCGAAACUUUGCACAGACAAUGGCAUCAUGAUUGCAUGGAAUGGUAUUGAGAAACUUCGAGCAGGAAUUGAUGUUAUACAUAAUCCAAAAGGAAUUCGCUAUGAGCCCAAAGCCCCUCUUGGAAUUGAUUUUUCUGAACAAGUCAAGAUAGCAGCCCUCAAAGUUCCAUAUCUGAAGCUAAAGACAUGAUUAAUACUUCUUCGUUAUUCAUCAUUUUAGGAAAUCAUACUGUGUUUGGGGUUUUAAAUUAAAUUCAUGCAUAUUGUAUUGUACUAUUUGCAAUUUUAAGAGGAGGAGGUAUUGGCCAUUUGCCCACUCGAGCCUCCUCUGCCAUUUAAUAAAAUCCUGGGUAAUCUGAUUGUAAACUACAGUUGCAUGUUUGAAAUAUCAGUAAUUUAAUGGUGACAUUUAACAAUUCAGUGAAAAUUGUAUAUGAAGUCACUAAAUUUGGUUAAUGGCUUAAUCUUGCUCAUAUAUUCUAUCUUUAACAGGGAAGGAGCAUGGCAGCUCAACUCUUGAUUUGUUUUUAUAUUAAGCUCAACAACAAGCUACAGAAGUAAUAUGGUGAAUGCCUAAAAGUUGGCCCUCAUUCUGUUUUGUUACGUGGCAGCUAAAGCAGAGAAAACAGAGAGAAAACCUGUGAUGCUUCCUGUGUCAGUGCUUUGUGAAAAACAAAAACAUCUAUAAUUAGUGAUUUUUGAGAUAAAUCAAUUAAACUCAGUUCAGUUUUGAGCUCUUUAUUCUAA